AUGUCGGACCUGAGCGACGAGGAGGCCGAGGAGGAGGCCGAGGCUUACCUGGGGGAGUAUGAAGGUGAGCGCAAUUCUGAAGGUGAACGGCAUGGACGUGGGAAAGCAGUGCUGCCCAAUGGUGAUACGUACGAGGGUGAAUAUGAGCACAGUCUCAGAAACGGGCAGGGGACCUACAGAUUUAAAACCGGUGCUUACUACAUUGGAGAAUAUCUUCAAAAUAAAAAGCAUGGCCAUGGUACUUUUUAUUAUCCAGAUGGAUCAAAAUAUGAAGGAAGCUGGGUAGAUGAUCGGAGACAUGGCUAUGGAGAAUAUACGUACGCAAAUGGAGACACCUAUGCUGGAGAAUGGUUUAACGACAAUAGGCAUGGACAAGGUACAUACAUCUAUAAAGAGACUGGAUCUAUGUAUGUUGGUGGUUGGGUAAAUGGAAUACAGGAAGGAGAAGCAGAGCUUAUCCACCUAAAUCACAGAUAUAGGGGCAAGUUUUUGGAUGGAAUUCCUGUCGGUCGUGGCAAAUAUAUCUUUGACAUUGGAUGUGAACAGCAUGGUGAAUACAUACAGUCAGAGGAGGAUAAAGGGGAGGAAGAAGAACAGGAGGAGCCCUCUUUACUUGCUGCACCUAAGUGGAAAGCAACAGAAAUCACUAAAUUAAUAUACUGGAUGCCCAACGUGGAAAAAGCACCUUCUCCCAGUGAAGGCCCCCCAGUAGCAGCAGGAGAGACAGCAGCAGCAGAUGAAGCAGUGGAAGAAACAUCAGCAGACGAAAAAGACAAAAUGCAAACAAACCCAGUCAUUGAUGAAUCUGCUGAACACAGGGAUGAUAUGCCUUCUCUUCAUAAAGUAUCCAGUGAAGUUUUCAGCCCAGCAAAGGAUGCAGAAGUAGAAGAUGAGGAAAUAAGGGAAGAAGAAAAUGAAGAAGGAGAAGAGUACCAAGGAACUGCUGGUUUAGAAGAUGAGGAGGAAUCAGAGGAAGCAGAGUAAUUGGAUACAACUAAAGACAAAUAUAG